AUGAAAAGAAACAAGACUGAAAACCAGUAUUCAUAUUCACUUAAGUAGAUUCUCUAAAACUAAUUACAUACGAUUAUUAAACCUUGAUAAGAUUCAUGUAUCUCUGCCAACUACUCCAAGAAAAACUAAAUUCAAAUCUCUUAUCCCUAGUCAUUAAGAUGUUCAAAAUCAUCCCAUUUUAUUAAGUUCAUUAUUAUGUGAUCUACCCUUCAAUAAUACUAACAUUAGAUAAAUACCUACUCUUCCUACUUCUAAUCAUUAUUAUUGUAAAAGUACUACUAAAACACAUACACCUUCAUCUAUUUAGAUUAUGCAAACCAAAAAAUUACAAUUUAAUCAUAAACCUUAAAGAUUUUUAGUUAAAUUGAAUAAAAAAAUACCAAAAAUACUAUCCAAAUAAUCUUAAAUCAUUAGAUCUCAAACAUAUCGCCCUAAUUAAACUGCUACCAAAUUUCACUCACUUACUAUUGAUCCCAAAUUUCAACUCAUUAAUGAUAUUACAAAAAACGAUUUCAAAUCUGAAAUACUCUCCAAAUAAACUCAACCUAAUUUAAUCUCAGUCCCUUAAUUACCAAAUUCUAAUAAAGUCUCUAGAUAUAGAGAUUUCUCAGAAAUUGAUGAUUUUAAUGUAAUUAACAUUUCUAUAUAAGAACAAACUUUAUGGAAGCAAACAAAUCAGAGGAUUACUUAAUUUCCAAAAAUUUCCAUCUGAAAAUAUUCCAUUAAAACAUAAAUACAAAACCAUCAGAACAUCUUUAAUUUAGUAUUUGAGACACUUAGAAAAACUAAAAUUAACAACCAAAGAAUUUUUAUCUAAUAAAGUUUUUCCUUGUAAACCUUUUGAAAACCCUUAAUCUAAACAAUUUUUUUAAUUGUGUAAAUAGGGUUAAGAUAAGGAAGUGAUUUAAUUGUUAGAUGAUAACAAAUAUUUAGUAUAUGAGUAUGAUCAUCUAUUAAUGACAACUCUUCAUUGGUGUGCGAUGAGAGGUUUAGAAUCUACAGCGAGGAUUUUAUUGAGAUAUGGUGCUGAUCCAGAUUCUUAAGAUAUCGUUGGAAGAACUCCUUUAUAUCUUGCAUUGAUUCAUAAAUAAAAUAAUAUAGCUUACUUCUUGAUUUUGAAUAAGGCUGAUCCUUGGAAUAAAAUGAAUCUGAAUUAUGAGGAAUCUGUUGCUGAAAACCCUGAAGGUAAAACCAUGCUACAUUAAACAAGAAGGGUAAUUAAUAAAUACUGAUAAAUAUAUUUAGACUCAUAUUUUACUACGUAUGACUCCAGCUGAUUAGAGAUAAUUCAUAUGGUAAAAGGAACAAUUAUAAAUGUAUGAACCCAAAAAAAAGAAGAUUUCAUGUUAAUAAUGA